GAAGCCUUUUGCGAAGGAUUGCAUGUAGCUUUGAGCUUUGCUUGCUUUUGAUCGCUCCUUUACCAAGUUACCAGGCAAGAUGGCACCCGUCACCGCUGUGAUUGUGGGAGCAGGGCAUCGUGGCCAGGGCUACGGACAGUACGCCCUUGAGCAUCCAGAUUUGUUUCAGAUCGUGGGCGUGGCUGAGCCAACCGAGGUGCGCCGCCAACGCGUCGUACAAAACCAUGACGUUCCAGAAGCACACACCUUUGAAUCGUGGGAAGCAGCCGCUGCCGUACCCAAGUUUGCCGAUGUGGCCAUGAUCACCACACAGGACCAGAUGCACAAGGCUCCUGCAGUGGCCUUUGCCAAGUUGGGCUACCACAUCCUGCUGGAAAAACCCAUGGCCGUUACCGCGGCGGACUGCCGAGCCAUCGCCGAGGCCUGUGAAGCCAACGGCGUGAUGCUCUGCGUUUGCCACGUCCUACGAUAUUCGCCCGUCAAUCAGCGUCUGCGCCAGCUGGUAGCUGAUGGGACCAUCGGCGCCUUGAAAAACAUUUCGCACACCGAACCCGUGGGCUACUUUCACUUUGCCCAUUCCUUCGUCCGAGGCAACUGGCGCCGCGAGGACGAGAGUUCUUUUGCUCUCAUGGCCAAAUGCGUUCACGAUGUGGACCUGAUCCGGUGGUGGUUUGGUGGUAUCAAGUGUACGGGCGUGUCCAGUUUUGGCUCCUUGAGCGAGUUUCAUUCAAAACGCAAGCCCGCUCAAGCCGCAGCACGCUGUCUCGAUUGUCCCCUGCAAGACAGUUGUACGUACUCGGCCAAGCGCAUCUAUAUGGAGAAGGGAUGGUUUGCCUCCCACAUUACAGACAAUGCACGCGACCCGCACGAGGUGGAAAAGGCUGUACGGGAAGGCCCAUACGGCCGCUGCGUGUGGCAGUGUGACAAUGAUGUUGCGGACAACCAGGUUGUAUCCUUCCAAUUUGAAGGUGGUGAAACGGCAACGCUGUCCAUGAUUGCCUUUACAGAAAAGCUGUGUCAACGUGAAACCACCUUCUAUGGCACAGAAGGACAGCUCCGCUGCUAUGAUAGCUCCACCAUCGAGCAUUUUGACUUUGGCACACAACAACGGCCUCUGCUUCGGUGCCUUCUCUCUGACAACCUCACGGAUGGGCCAACUUUUGUGGAUCUGUAG